AUGAGCCACCGGGAUAGUAUUCUAUAUGUCGUGUUGGUUCGCGUAAAAGGUCUGAUCCCCAAGGUCGGAUCCUCAACCAUCCUGGGAAGACCCGUGAGUGCUGAUAUUUGCCAGACUUUCAGACAGCGUGUAUAUCACGACGGAUUAAAUGAAACGCAUCGCCGAUAUUGCGCCAUGCCGUCGGAGGUGAUCACUGACAAGUCUCUCCAGCGCGAGCUGGCUGACUCCAUCAUAAGGAUGGUGCCUCUUGAUGAAAUAAGGAUCCUACUGGCCUGUGGAGCGAAGGUGAACGAGCCAGUGACCCAGGGUCUCCGGCCUCUUCACUACGCUAUUUGGCAACGAAACCUGGAGGCAACUCGCCUGCUGCUGGUGCGAGGAUGUGACAUUAACGCUACUGAUGACUGUGGGUACAGCGCGUUACAUCUUUCUGCUGAACAUGGGUAUACAGAAUUAGUGAAACUAUUGCUGGAGUCAGGAGCUGCUGUGGACUAUAGACCAGACACAGGAGAAGAGUUCCCGAGGACCACCUUGUGUGAUGAACCACUGAGGCUGGCUAUAAGGAACAAGCAUUAUGCUGUAGCUCGUCUUCUCCUUGAACACGGAGCUGACCCUAACAAGCGCUACUUCUUCGGAGCUGAGAUUAAUCUCGUGUCGGAUCCCGAAUAUUUGGAGCUGUUGUUGACCUUCGGAGCCAACCCUGACUCCAGAGACAGAGCUGGUCUGACACCGCUGAUGAAGGCUGCCAGGCAGAGAAAGGGUAUAGAGUCAGUGUUGUUGUUGAUCAGUUAUGGAGCCGAUGUAAACGCGGCGACGGACGCUCGCAGCGACUAUAGGACCGUCAUGCACUACGCUGUGCUUGGAGGCUGUACGGAGGUGGUGAAUCUGUUGAUAAAGCAAGGAGCGAGGGUGAACUACGACCCGGACUACAACAAGCCCAGCCCGCUCGACCUGGCGAUACUCAAGGGAGACGUGGACAUGGUCAAGAUGUUGAUAGCGGCUGGAGCUAAAGUGAAUUCCUCUAGCUCUGUGAUCGGUACACCGCUCCACGUCGCCUGUUCCGACGGCAUCUCACAGAGGAAGGAGUUAGUUAAGAUCCUCCUGGAGUCUGGUGCGGAUCCCAACCUGAAGGUGUACAAUGAGGAGGACGGAGCUCAGCUGAGACCGGCGCUGGCUGAACUACUGGCUGGUGACUUACAGCCGUGUGGAGAUACUGUGAGGCUGUUACUGAGAUAUGGAGCGAGGGUCAUAAUGAAGACUCAAUUCCGAGACCCGGACGGUAUAUUGAACCACCUCCAGAACGUGACCACAGAAGAGUCUCAAUACAUCUUCUAUCUCCUUCUAGAAGCUGCUGAAGCCUUCGACUUGUGUAUGAUAAAAAGAAAUAACAUCCUGCAACCAAAACAGAAACAGACUUUGAUAGAUCGCGCCAAGACACCCAUCAGCCUGUUGGCUCAAGCCCGGAUAUUUUUAAGAAGAUUCUUCGGUCCGACCUUGAUUCACGCGAUCAAAACCUUCGAGAUACCUAAAACUCUUCAAAGAUAUCUACUUUUCGAGUACAGUUAA